CUCAUGGCACAUCCACUCACAACCCAUACGCCACAGGCCCACAGCAGCGUACCAUUCUCGUGUUCAUCCAUGUCAGACUCGUCGGCGACGACAAUGCGGAGGUCGUCCUCAUCGAAGGCGGCACGGCGUGUCUGGGCACCGCGCUUCAUCCAACACAAGAAGGAGGCCUUGUGGUUCUACCGCUACCUGUCCAUCAUCUACGACCACGUCACCAACUUGGCCCCCUGGACCAAGGAGAUGCGCGAUGACGCGCUCAAGACCGCCGACCUCCACAGCAGCAAGCUCAAGGUUGUCGACGUCGGCGGUGGCACCGGGUUUACCACGCUCGGCAUCGUCAAGCAUGUGGAUCCCGAGAACGUCACGCUGCUCGACCUGUCCCCGCAUCAGCUCGACAAGGCAAGGCAGAAGGAGGCGCUCAACGGGGUGAAUAUCAUGGAGGGCGACGCCGAGGACCUCCCAUUCCCUACCGACACCUUCGACCGAUACGUCUCCGCCGGCAGCAUUGAGUACUGGCCAGAUCCCCAGCGAGGGAUCAAGGAAGCCUACAGGGUAUUGAAGCUGGGUGGAAAAGCAUGUUUGAUCGGCCCGGUGCACCCAACCUUUUGGCUGUCUCGCUUUAUCGCCGACAUGUGGAUGUUGUUUCCCACUGAAGAGGAGUACAUCCAAUGGUUCACAGAGGCAGGGUUCAAGGAUGUUCAACUAAAGAGGAUUGGACCCAAAUGGUACCGUGGCGUCCGUAGGCAUGGCUUGAUUAUGGGAUGCUCCGUCACAGGUGUCAAGACACAAACUGGGGACUCGCCUUUGCAGCUAGGUCCGAAGGCUGAGGAUGUCAGCAAGCCUGUGAAUCAUGCCACGUUUUUAUUCGGCUUCUUCAUUGGAACAAUAUGUGCAGUGUACUAUCAUCUGGUGCCUAUUUUUAUGUGGAUAAAGGACCAGAUUGUGCCCGCAGGCAUGCCAAUCUAACGGGCGGGAAUUAUGUGUACUCUGUCUAAAUAAUUCAAAGAUUGUGUAAACAAAGAGCAAGAAAGUCCUGCAGCACGCAAGUAUAAGAUAUAACCUACUCUUGGCAUGAUAAAAUGUCAGGAUAGAAGAACUCCUAUAGUGCGUGAAUUGUCAAAUAAAAGUACGUGAGCAAUGAUGUAUAUGACCAUAGUCGGUAAUAAUAAGUACGUACUCCUAUAGAAGGAGCUGCACAUCCCCGUUGUAAAAGUAAAACUAGAUAAUACCCCGCGCAUUUGCGGCGGGAUUUAUAGCAAUAAAUUUGUUGUCAAUAAAAAUUUAAAUAUGUGAAAA